AUGAACAAUAUACAACUAGAUCCAAUAAAUCCAGAUCCAACAAAACCAGAUCCAAUAUACAUAGCGGAAAACAUUAUUACUACCACAAAAUCUAUUUCUUCUCUUUUUCCAACUCUUGCACCAGUUGGUGUUAUUUUAGAAAUCGUUAAUGAAAUAUUAAAAAUUUACAAACAAGCAGAAUGUAAUAAAGAAAUCGCCAAUGCAAUGGCUCUGCGUGUAUUAUCUGUUGAGCCAGCCAUAAAAUUCUUGGAAUUACAAAGACCUGAAUAUAAAAAAAAAUUUCGAAAUUUACAAUAUCAAGAAACAUUAAUUAGGCUUAAGAAUACAUUAGAAAAUAUCAAAGUAUUUGUUUUUAAAGUAACGCAUUUAAGUUGGGUUACUAAAAUGUUUUCUGAUCAUAAAAGUAUAGAAGAGAUGUUUAAAACUUUGGCGGGUGAGUAUGAUAAUUGCAUGCAAAUUUUGAAAUUUAAGAUGUUAAUCGGUUUUGAAGAACAACGAAGGAUCGAUGAUGAAAGUUUAACUGAUGAAAAACUUCCUGAUGAGAUUGUACGGUUAAUAAGAGUUCACUCUCAGGAAGUAAACUAUAUCAAUGAAAAUAUUGAUUGCUUCAAAGUUAAAAGAAUUGAUUCAAACUUCUUACAAGACUCACGAAAUGGUUCUAGAACGGAUAUUCGUCAAAGUAAAUCAAAACAUGUCACUAAAAGAGUCUAUAAGGGAAGUAUCGACGUAGCAUGUGUAAAAUAUAAAGUUUUUACUGAAGAAGAAAAAGAUUUGCUAGAUGAAUCAUUGAUAAUACAAAGAGAAUUAUUUGAAUGUCAAAAUAUUCUAAAAUUUUAUGGGCUUUCUAAAAUUGAUGGCGAUGACAUUGUGGUUUUUGAAUGGGCAGAGUUGGGUAAUUUAAGAGAGAUAUACAGUAAAGAAAAUAAUAUUUCUUUAGCUUACAAAGUUAAAAUUGCGUUUGGUAUUUGUGAAGGGAUUAUAUUCUUGAACGCCUCUGGUGUUUAUCAUCAUGAUAUUAAUUGUAAAAAUAUAAUGAUGACAAUUAACAACGAGCCUAAACUUGCGAAUUUUGUAUAUUCGAGAAAGAGAAAGGAUGGCACAAUCUUUAUUAAAUGUCCUUCAUUUAACUGGAUGGCCCCUGAAAAAAUGUGUAAUGAACCAUACACUCAAAAAUGCGAAAUUUUCAGUUUUGGAAUGCUUAUGUGGGAACUAGCUUAUCAAAAGAUACCUUAUGAAGGAAUUGAAAAUUACAUUAUAAAAGAAAAUGUCAAGAAGGGAGGUAGAGAAAUAUGUGAUUUUUUUGACCUCAAACCGGAAAACGAAUCCAUACAGAAAAAAUAUAUAGAACUAAUUCAACGUGCAUGGAAACACCUUCCGGAAGAAAGAAUAGAAAUAAGUGAAUUAUAUACAGAAUUGUCAAAUUUAGCUUCUAAUUCGCCAACAACUUUUUUCUUUGAUGGGCCAAGAAAUAUUUUACCAUCAAAGACUAAUAGUUUAUCACCAAAUUUGUAUCCGUCAUUAAUAACUCUUAAUGAAGGGAUCAAUCUUCAUAGAACUAAAAAACCUGAAAAUAGAGAGAGAGCCUGGAAUUGUUUUGUAGCGCAUUCAGAAUUAGGGAAUCCUGUUGCUAUUUAUUGGAAAGCAAAAUAUUUACUAGAAGGUUAUCAUCCAAAUGGAUCUGAAAGACAAAUGGAGGAAGACACCACAAUUGAAGGUUUGAAGUUGCUUAAAUAUGCUGCUGAUGAAGGCGUAGUAGAUGCACAGAUGCAAUACAUUGAUAUUUUAGAAGUGGAUAAAAACAAAAAUAAAGUUGCAUUGCGGGAUUACUUGACUCGAGCGUCUAUUAAUGGAGAUAAUGAUGCAACAUAUAAAUUAGGGGUAAUAUACUAUAACGGAGAAUUAGGGUUAGAAAUUAAUAGAUCUAAAGGUUUGAGUUAUUUGAAGGUUGCAGCAGAAAAGGGCCAUGAAGGCGCUAGAGAAAUCAUAAGAGAAAUUGGAAGUAUUAAUAAUUCACAUGUUUUAACUCGCUGUGAAAAUUGUAACAAAUUAUGUUAG